AUGGCGUUACAUCAUGAGCUUCUACCGGAGUUUGUAGCUGCGAUUCGGAUUCAUCCGGAAAUAUACGAUAAUCAACGAUCGAAGAAGGCCGAGAAGGCAUGGGAGGUGAUUGCCGAUCUAUUCGAAAUCACAGUGUCUGAUGCUAAACGACAAUGGUACGAAAUAGUCCGGAUACAUCGCAAUAUGUAUAUCGAUUUACCGGAUGACGCGUUUAAGGUUUUGGCACCGAAGGAGGAUCCACGAUGGAAUAUCGCCACCAGACAGACAGCCCUAACACUGGCUCAUUUUUUACAAAGCGAUCUGAAGUUUUUAUUUAAAUACGAGUCUUUUGUAUGA